AUGGCCAUGUCGUGCUCAGCUUGGAGGCAGGCCGAGCUGUCUCGCGAGAGAGAGACUUUUAGAUACGAUCCAGCUUUGAUAGCAAACUCGAUAUCUAAUUCACCAACAGAUCUCAUUCCAUCGCACAAGCUCACCACUUCGACUGACGCCACUUUGACCACCUUCUGUCAGCUGGCUGCGCUGCGCUUAAACACCUCCAGGGCGCUCAUCUCUCUCUUUGAUCGCGCCAGUCAAUUCGUUGUCGCUGAAGCUACCCAACAUGUUCGCCUGCGGCCUAACUCAAGUUCAAAACGCUCCGACGAGGGUUUGUGGCUAUGCGGUACCAAUUUUCCUCGUUCCUUUGGAGUCUGCGAGCGGGUAGUCCUUGACUGCACCAAUCCCACAUCAUCCGUCAACCCAGCUUCUCACCGUCUUCCUCUUACGGUUAUCGACGACCUCGCCAAUGAUGAGACGCUGUGCAACCGACCAUAUUGUCAUUCCUGGCCAAACAAUCGGUUUUAUGCCGGAGUACCGCUCAUCACCCCCAGGGGCAUCGUUAUUGGAGUCCUCUGUGUUUUCGACUCACAACCUCGAUCUGGCUUGGAUGAAGCAUCGGAAAAUUUAUUACGAGACCUUGCAGACUCGGUUAUGGCACACCUCGACGAACGACGUGUCAGCGAGCGAUAUCGCCAAGCGGAUCGAGUCACCCGAGGUAUCCGCCGCUUUUUCCACGGACGCAGCACCGAGACGCAAAUAAAAGACGACCAAUUACUCGCAGCAGAACCACGACUUCGUACUCCUGGAGCUGGCUUUAGCCCCCAGUUCAAUUACUCCAGCGACAGCAGACAUCGCGGUGACAGACUGGCAAGCACCUGCGCAAGUGCAUCUGAUAUCAUGAGAGAUGCCCUUGAAGUCGAUGGUUUGUUACUACUCGAUGCCAGGAACGCUCACCACAGCCACCUUGGGAACCCCCAGUCGGACAUCGACGACUUAUGCCCCGUGCUUGGCUUGUCAGUCACGGCGGAGGCAAAGCAGGAUGGCAACUCUUACUUCGGUCAUUCUACGCUUUACGCCUCCACCCUCAAGAAACUGCUGCGUCACUAUCCGCGUGGAACAAUAUGGACUUUUGACAAUGCCGAAGGUGAUGCAAGUGACGUCUUGAGCGAUGACAGCCUUUCUGGGGCCUCCAUUCAGGGACCUGUGAUCGAAGAGACUGAUGAAGCAUCGCACGAAUCGCCAGCCGACGCAAACGUUUCCAUCCAGAUGAGACAAGAGCUUCGAAAAGCAGUUAUUCAACUUCUCCCCGGUGCUACAGGUGUUGCGUUCUUCCCAAUCUGGAAUGCCCAGAAACAACGGUGGUUCGCUGGUGGGUUUGCGUACAGCAACAGGUCCAGUCGCGUUUUCUCGCCAAAGAGAGAACUCAGCUACCUCCGGGCCUUGGGGGCUGUUCUCAUGGCCGAAGUGUCUUUUAUCAAAGCACGUGAAGUGGAACUAUCCAAGCUAGAUGUGCUAGACUCCAUCUCCCACGAACUUCGAUCACCGCUACAUGGCAUCUUUUUUGGCGCUGGUGUUCUGCGAGGUGGAGAUCUUAACCCCACACAGGACGAUGCGUUGCUUUCUGUUGAAGCAUGCAGUCGCACUUUGCUCGACACCAUUGACCAGAUCCUCGACUGGAGCAAGAUCAACCAUUUUACCUCGUCACUCGCCAAGGGGGAUUACACAUACACCGAUGUUGACAGCCGUGCCCUACGUUCGUCCCGAAACAAUAGUGUCGAGGCAGGCAUGAUGAGCAUUGCAUCGGAUGUUGAUCUCCCUCGUCUGAUCGAAGAGGUAGUGGAGAGCGUGCACGUUGGUCACGAGUUCCAGAAGCUCUCGCUAGGCCAGACAGCACAAGGUUCCGAUGCAUCCAAAGACCACGUCAAGGUUGUGGUCAACAUCGAACCUAUGGAUAACUGGAGGUUCCACGUACAGCCCGGCGCGAUCCGACGAAUUAUCAUGAACGUCCUCGGAAACUCGCUCAGAUUCACCUCCCGCGGUUCCGUUCAUGUUCAAGUUGAACAAGCACCAACAGACGAUCCCUCCAAACGACUUGUGAAACUAACAAUUGCCGACACGGGUUGCGGUAUGAGCCAGGAUUUCCUCGCAAAUGACAUGUUCAGCCCUUUCACCCAGCAGAACAUCAUGAGCGCGGGGACCGGGCUUGGUUUGAGCAUUGUGAGGCGGAUCACUGAGGCUUUGGGUGGAACAGUCGAGGUCCAGAGUGCACCUUCUGUUGGAACAACAGUGUGUAUGUCUCUCCCUUUGAAGCUGAGCGAAGCCUUCGACAGGGCGAAUGUUGUGAAUGCACUUGCAAGGCAUGAUUCGGAACACAACAUCGAGGGCUCGAAAGUCUGCAUCUUGGGCUUCCAAGAUUCCGUAGAUCAUCUCUACAACCCAUUCCUGAGGAGCCAGUUGGGUGAGAAGGAGAUUGUAUCAUCCAUCUGUCGAGAUUGGCUGAAGUUACGAAUUAUCGAAACACAAGACAGCCUAGCCGAAGCACCCCAUGUGGUGCUGUGCGAUGGCCACUCUCUGGAUAGAGCCAGAGCACUCACGCAAACCAGCCAAUCAAUCCCUAUUGUUGUUAUCUGUCAAAACGCCAUCGUAGCUCGCAAGAUGGAAGCAGCCAAUGCCCGCAGUGUCCCAGCAGGCGAGCAGCAGGUUCUGUACACGCACCAGCCCAUCGGUCCACGAAAACUUGCAAAGAUGUUGUCGCGAUUUGUCAAAGACCACGCUACCGAGACACAACCUCCGAGUACCGACGGUCAAGCUGUGCCAAGUGUAGAAACCUACAACACCUCAGUAUCAACAAUACACCAGACGCCACCAACACCGCCCACAGGCGAGAACGAUUCCAUGACUCUUCUAAGCAACCCCUUCUUCAAUCGGACAAUACCACAACUACCGCGCUCACCCCUCAUGACCCCACUUGAGAAAGCAAACCCCAUAUCCGACGAAUCAUCAUCACGGAACACCACAUUCCUCCUUGUCGACGACAACCCUAUCAACCUGAAAAUGCUUGUCAUGUUUAUGAGAAAGCUCAAACUACAGUACGUCACCGCAACCGACGGCCAAAAAGCCGUGGCAAAGUACAGAGAGAACCCCAAAAGUUACAAAUGCGUGUUUAUGGAUAUUUCCAUGCCGGUCAUGAACGGCUUCGAGGCCACACGCGCGAUACGAGCCAUCGAGGCGGACGGCUUAGGCCUGCGGUGCAGUAUCUUUGCGCUGACGGGCCUGGCGUCGAAGGAUGCUCAGCAGGAGGCGCUGCUAAGCGGGGUUGAUUUGUUUCUGACCAAGCCGAUUGCGUUGGCAGAGAUAACGCAUAUUUUGGAGUCAAAGGGGUUGUUAUGA